AUGGAUGCUGGUGGCACCAUUGAGCCAAAUCAAGUGGUCGAAGGCUUGACCACACUGUUCAAUCCGCAAACGUAUCAUCUUUUCUCCACCGGCGCGGCAGAACUGAUGCGUCCACAUCUGCCUGACUGUAUAGCAUUCAUAUCCGAUGUUCAUACAAUGCACAAGGUUAAACAAGCCCAGAAGUCGGCUAUUCAGCUAACUGUCAACCCAUGCGGGCUAGUCGGCGGUUCUGGUACGUCGAUCGGUCUUGGAAAAUCCGGCAUACCGACCUCUUCUGGUUCCGUGGGCGGUCUAUUGAAUACUAGCAGCGGGUUGACCACUUCCGGUUUGGUUGGUGCAGGAGCUACCUCAGCUGGCGGAGCUGGUGGUGCAUUUGGUGGCACAACAACUGGUCUGAUCUCUUCGUUGCCCAGUCUACACGAAGAUGUACUGGGCGCACAUUUGAAAUCAGGCUUGGCGCAGUACGUCUCCCUGGAAUUGUCCCGUUCUAGCAGUGUGAAUGAUCAAGAUGUACUACCCAUGCUUGCUCCGGGUUUGCUUGUCGAUAUUAAACCGAUAAAAAGUACCGGAUUCUCUUCUACCGGGGCUCCACUUCGUCUUCGACCACCAAUCAUACAAACCAAUGCACCGGGCAAUUCCGUGAGCGCAACACAUUAUUCUACCUCAACUGGGAACAGCGAGAUAUCCACCGGUAAACAGCAACAUCGUUCUUCCGGUAGUAUUGCCUCACGUCAGAGUGACGAUAGCACCGCUGAUCGAAGUUCACGCGGUCCAGACGCAACUGUGAUCGUGAUCACUCCAUCGGUAGAAAGUACUUCGGCUGCAGGGAUCACUUUGGAGAAUCCGAUGACACGAAUGUCGACAUCACAUGGCUCAACUUCGACCGCGGGAAGCGGGAGUAACUCGCGAGUUCAAUCACCUGUUUCAACUACGGUAACCGUACAUCCACCACCACCUCCUGCCGUUUCCGAUGUGCCAUUACAUACGGGCCCUGGGCCGACUGCAUCAAGCUCAGCUGUGCCUGGAGCUCCGACUUCCGGUGGACCAUCACGGCUGACAACCACCUAUGGACACGUAACCUUGGCUCCCACAUUCUCCCAGACUUCGCAGAUUGACGCUCCCAUUUUACACCAUCUGCCUUGGUUAAAAUGUAUUCCACCUUCUACACAGCUGGGACCGCGGGACUUUUUCAUCAUGGUCGAACGUGUCCGAACAUUAUCGUGGAUACUCCUGGGAGCGACUAUGAAUAUGGCUCUAACGCGUGAAGCAACGGGAUUGGCCUGUCGUCCGAUUCCUUUCGUCCUAGUCCGUUCUGUCGCAGAUUUGGUCAAAGCUCUGUUGAGCAGUUUCCCAGAUCAGCAAAAAGUGAGCGGACUGCGGAGUGGAUGGAGCUCAAACGAUGACUUGUAA